GGUCUUCAGCGGCAGGCGAUAUGAAUACCAUAAAGCAUAAUCAAUCUCAGACGUCUCCACUGCUGAAUUUGUGUGAGCGAUGUCAAACGGGGACAGGGUGGUUUUAGCGCUUGGUGGAGCUGGAACUGUGGGUUCAGGAAUAGUAAAAGCGCUUCUGGAUAGAGGUUUUAAGGUUGCUGUGAUUUCCAGAGACAACAACAAAUUGGAAAAGCUCAAGGGGUUUGUUUCACCAGGCACAAAUAAUAACCUGACCACAAUAGUUGGGAAUGUUGGCUCAGAGGAAGCGGUGGAGGAUGUGAAACAGGCCUUGCUCAGGUCAGUGGGGAAGAUCACAGAUGUGGUGUCUUCUCUGGGCUUCAGCUGGUGGCAGGGAGGUCCACCGCACACUCAGCCCCUCAAAGAACUGCAGUGGGUCAUUGAGACUCUGUUGUACAGCACCUUUGUGUCCUGGAAAGCAUUCUUUCCCCUGGUGAGAGACAAUCCAAACAGCACCUACACCUUUAUCACAGGCGGUGCCGGGGAGAAAUUGUUAAUGCCUGGCACAGGGUUCCUGACUAUAGGGGCAGCUAACGCUCUGGCCUUCUGUCAGGUUCUACGAGAAGAGUACCCGGAGCUGAAAUGUAAACUCAACCAGGUGAAAAUCAAUACGGGUGUGGCUACCCCAGACCGAAUGGCCCCCGGGUACCUGAACCAUUUGGAUUUAGGUGAGGCUGUGGCUAAACUGGUGGAACGUCGGAACAAGUCUCACAUCAUCUAUUCUGUGAGCUGUCCUGCUGAUCUAAAAACGGUUAUCUUGGAGGGCAAUCUGUAAUCACAGACUGAAAGCUACGUCUUCAUAUUUGACCCCGUAUUCACUUUGUCCUGUUGUCAAUAUGCUUGUAUUGUUUUAUUGCAUGUCAACAAAACAUUUCAGUGUAUGCUUUGCAUUAGUAAGUCAUAGGAAAUAAAUAUUCAUGGUGUUUAAAACAUAUCAGCAUAAUAUUCAAUGGAACAAUGCUUUUGAGAGUAGCCAAGUUUAACGAAGCCCCAGCUGAAAGAGCUGGACAUCGACGUUCAAACUUGUGAGAAUGGGAUGUGAAAACAAACUUGUACUGUUCCUUAGAGUGAACGCAAGGAAAUAUUUGGCAGGUUGUCGGCACACUUGGUCUCCUUAGCGUGACUUCUUGUCCUCAUUCACCUAAAAUCUAUCUGACUUCUACUUAUUUGGCUCCAAUUAUUCCCAGCUGUGUGGUCUGUCAUAAAAAGUGUGUGAAGAGGGCAAGAGGUUGAGAAAUGACUGGAAAAAACAAUGAAACUCUGUUAUUCUUGUUUAGUGUAAUAGUAUUUGUGUAUAUGCUUUAACAACAUGAAUGUAAAUUUGCCAUUAAAAAAAUGAGAAUCA